GAAGAACCCAAAUCCUUAUGGGAAAAGAAGAAGCAAGGUUUUAGUAGAACUCCACAUAUGUAUUGACAGAGGCUAAACCCUGACGUCGCUAGAACACUCAAAUCGCAGGCUUAAUGUUUCAGGGAACUAAAAUUUCAGGAAUUCUUUAAGCACAAAAAAAUUUAUACGACUCCAUUGCCAUGGAAGAUCGAAAAAGAAAGGGCAGCGUAGGGUUUGAAGAAUGGGUACCAGUUAGUCCUCACACGUUGGCUGCCGGUGGAGUGGGGUUUUCUCCUUCUGCGAUUUCCAAAUAUGAAUUUGCAUUCUUCGAUGAUAAAAAGCCUCCAGAGUCUCUUGUGAUAGAUGCGAGGAAGCAGCUUUCGUAUUUGGGUUGGCAAAUUGAGCGCAAGAAGUACAAAAACACAUAUAGAUAUCGAUAUAUCUCGCCGGAUGCAACCAAGAUAUAUUUUUCUCUUCAUCAACUUUGUCAUGAUCUCAGAGACCCCAUUAUGCAGAGCCAAAGGAUUCCGAAGCCAAAAAUAGGAAGAAAAAAGGUAUGUAUGAAAACCUCAAAGACAUCAAGAGAUGAUGAUCCGAAAGUUAAUCAGUCUACCUUGGUGCAGUGCUCGGGCAAAAGGGCAAAGAAGAGAGAAACAAGUACUGGUUCCUCAAAUCGCAAUUGUAUUGUCUUGUCUUGUUUGAUAGACAAUAACGUGGUGUUGGUAGGGGCAAAAGUGCAUUACCGUGCUAGCAAAUGCAAGGGACGUAAUCAAUUGACAGAAGGGUGGAUAACUCGUGGUGGAAUCAAGUGCAAUUGCUGUGAGCAGAUUUUUAUGCUCACUCAAUUUGAAGCUCAUGCUGGUAGCACUCAACAUAGGCCAUCCGAAAAUAUUUUAUUGGAAGAUGGCAGGUCCUUGCUGGACUGUAUUCAGCAAUUGGGUCAUAAAUAUAAGAGGCAAAGGAUCUCAAGAAGCAAUUGUAAGAGGAAGGAUGAACAAGGUGGAAAUACGGAUGAUAGUGAUAAUAUAUGUUCUGUUUGUCGAGAAGGGGGUGAUUUGAUUUUAUGUGAUCAAUGUCCAUCAUCAUUCCACACAAAUUGCAUUGGUUUGGAGGAUGUUCCUGAUGGGGAUUGGUUUUGCCCAUUCUGCUGUUGUAAUAUAUGUGGCCACACCCAAUUCCAAGAGAAUUUUCAGCAAGACGGUUGCAUUUUCAGAUGUGACCAAUGCCUGCUUAAAUUUCAUGUUGGGUGUGCAAGGGAAAGAGGACUAAUCAUGUUCGAAAGGAAAAAUCCUGAUGAUCAUUGGUUUUGCAGCAACAAGUGCGAAGAUAUAUUUUCAGGCCUCAAAAAGCUUCUGGGAAGAUCGAUUGUAGUAGGUGCAGACAAUCUCAUUUGGACAUUGUUGAAACCCAUGGGGUCUGAUAACGAUGAUCUUCAGGACUUAUCAGCUAUCAAUGACCUACUUGAUCUUGCUCUUGAGGUCAUGCAUGAAUGUUUUGAACCAGUUAAAGAAGCCUACAAUGGAAGAGAUAUUGUAGAAGAUGUGAUCUUUAACAGAGGAUCUGACCUCAAUCGUCUGAACUUUCGGGGAUUCUACACAGUACUUUUAGAGAGGGAUGAUGAAAUACUAACUGUCGCUAAUGUGCGAGUUCUUGGAGAUAAGGUGGCUGAGGUGCCCUUUGUUGCCACCAGGUUUGAGUAUAGAAGACUUGGAAUGUGCAGGAUACUGAUGAGUGAGCUUGAAAAGCAUCUAAUGAACUUGGGAGUGGAGAGGUUAGUUUUACCUUCUGCUUCUAGCAUGGUGGACGCAUGGAUCAAUGGAUUUGGAUUCUCUAUGAUGACAGAUUUUGAUAUAAGAAGACAGAACUUAGAAUACAAUGUCCUGAAUUUUCAAGGUGCUAUCAUGUGCCAAAAGUUCUUGAGGAAUGUAACUUCUGCAAGCAAAAAGCCUUGGUGAUCUUAGAUCUUACUGCUGUUGAUGAAGCAAUUAACAAUGCAACUCUAUUUUUUUUUCUAAUGGAUAUUCGAAAUAAAUUUGAAAUUUUUUUUUUGAUAAAUGUUUGUUGUAAUUAGUCCA